CCCACUUUCUAUCUCUAAAACAAGCAUUAAUGGCUUCCUAGAAAUUUCUUUCUCAAAAACAAGUGACGAAAAAGAAGAAGAAAUCAUAGUGCAAAAUCAAAUUUCUUCCAAGUUUGUCUCUCUCUCUCUCUGCAACACUCUCACCUUUUGCCUUGGAUUGUCGCCUGUCGACUGUCGACUGUCGACUGUCGAGUGUGGCUGUGUGGGGGUUCGUGAUCUUUCUGUUUUCGUUGAUUUGUUGCUGUUUUCUAUGCGCUUUAAAACUUGUCUAUUACCAAAAAUACGCCGGCGAUUUUAGAUUAUUCAGGUUUUAAUGGCGAUUUGUACGACGACGACGACGACUACUGUUACGUUUACAGUGUUUUCGGUGCUGGUUCUCAUCGUUAUUGUUCUACCUCGUAUUGGUUUGCAAACCAAAAUUUGUGGUUUUCAUUUGGAGAGGUUAAUGUCGUCCAACGUUAACGGCGUCCUUCCGUCACCCCAUCGCAAGCUUUUAGCACCAAAGAGAAUAGACAAACCCACAAGAUUCUGGGAUGACACCAACCAAUGCAGUGAAUCGGACAUUGAAAUAAACCAAGGACCAGGUGCACCUUUAGCUUCGGGUAUACCCACCUACACAGUUGAGAUCGUGAAUGCCUGUAUGUCAGGUUGUGACAUCACUGGGAUUCACCUCCGUUGCGGGUGGUUCAGCUCUGCACACACUGUCGACCCUUUCAUCUUCAGGCGUCUCCGUUAUGAUAACUGCCUUUUCAAUAAUGGUGGAACUCUGCAGCAUGGCAAGUCUAUUUCAUUCCAGUAUGCCAAUUCCUACAGUUACCCUCUUUCUGUUUUGUCCAUGAGAUGUUUAUAGAGUUUUUGGUACAUAAUUAGUGUUGGAAUUUUGUGGUCUCAUUAGUCUUGAGACUGUCCAAUAUUUUGGGCUUUUUGCUAUUUUUGAGGGGAAAUAUAUUCAUAUUUCA